GUGAACCGUAACUACAACUCCCAUGAUGCAAAUCGACCGCCACGCCCCAAGGAAGUUUUCCAAAAAAGUUAUCCCAAAACGUUGUGCACGUGAGGUUCGAAGCCUCGCAGAGUUUCACGUUAAUUCUUUCUCUUGUUUGUCGCGGUUUCAUCAAAGUUCGCGUUUCACUUGGUUCUCUUUUCCCGCGCUGUGUCGCUCCGAGCUCACGUGCUUUGUGCUCGCGAGGAGACUUGACGUUUGUCUGCAGCAGCUUCAGUCUGCAGACGGUGAGCAGAGGAUCCACUACUGAGCUCCGACUAUUUCCUGGACAGGAAUACAUUCAGCGUCUCCGUGACAACACAGGCCGGAUCAACACAGCCAUGGCAGAGCGGGUGCUGGUGGUCGGCGGCGGCGGACGGGAGCACGCGCUGGCCUGGAAGCUGGCGCAGUCGCCGCAGACUCAGCAGGUCCUGGUGGCGCCGGGGAACGCGGGGACGGCCGCCUGCGGCAAGAUCAGCAACUCUGAGGUCUCUGUGAGCAACCACGCCAUCCUGGCUCAGUUCUGCAAGGAUCACCACGUGGGUCUGGUGGUGGUGGGGCCCGAGGCGCCGCUGGCGGCAGGAAUCGUGGACGACCUGACGGCGGCGGGGGUUCCGUGUUUCGGACCUUCGGCCAAAGCGGCUCAGCUGGAGGCCAGCAAGAGCUUCGCCAAAGCCUUCAUGGAGCGCCACGGCGUCCCCACGGCUCGCUACGGCUCCUUCAGCGACCCGCAGGAGGCCUGCAGCUUCAUCCGCAGGGCGGACUUUCCCGCUCUGGUGGUGAAGGCCAGCGGCCUGGCGGCAGGAAAGGGCGUGAUCGUGGCCAAAGACCAGGAGGAGGCGUGUCAGGCUGUGAUGGACAUCAUGAAGGACAGAGCCUUCGGAUCGGCAGGAGAGACGGUGGUGGUGGAAGAGCUCCUGGAGGGGGAGGAGGUGUCGUGCCUGUGCUUCAGCGACGGCACGUCCGUCUCGCCGAUGCCUCCGGCUCAGGAUCACAAGCGGCUGCAGGACGGGGAUCUGGGUCCGAACACCGGCGGCAUGGGCGCCUACUGCCCCACCCCCCAGGUGAGCCAGGAGCUGCUGCAGCAGAUCACGGAGUCCGUCCUGCAGAAGACCGUUGACGGGAUGCGGGAGGAGGGAGCUCCGUACGUGGGUGUGCUGUACGCGGGGCUGAUGCUCACCAAGCAGGGGCCCAAGGUGCUGGAGUUCAACUGCCGCUUUGGAGACCCUGAAUGUCAGGUGCUGCUGCCGCUGCUGCACAGCGACCUUUAUCAGGUCAUCAUGAACACCGUCAAGGGGAAGCUGGCCUCUAACGCCCCCGUGUGGCGGCAGGACGCCUCUGCGGUGACGGUGGUCCUGGCCAGCGCUGGAUACCCCGGUUCCUACAGGAAGGGCGUGGAGAUCUCAGGUUUGUCUCUGCUUCAGGACAUGGGGCUGCAGGUUUUCCACGCCGGCACCGCUUUGAAGGAAGGGGGCGUGGUCUCCAGUGGCGGACGGGUCCUGACUGUCACGGCUGUGCGCCCAACCCUCGAGGCGGCUCUGCAGGCGGCCAGCCAGGGCGUGGCGACCAUCGGCUUCCAGGGCGGCGUGUACCGGCGCGACAUCGGCCACCGGGCCAUCGCUUUCCUGAAGCGGCGCAGAGGCCUGACCUACAGGGACAGCGGGGUGGACGUCUCCGCAGGAAACCGGCUGGUGGACGCUAUCAAGCCUCUGGCCAAAGCCACGGCGCGCCCCGGAUGUGACGCAGAACUCGGAGGCUUCGCCGGGCUCUUUGACCUGAAGGCCGCCGGCUUUGUGGACCCGAUCCUGGUUUCUGGGACGGACGGAGUCGGGACUAAGCUGAAGGUGGCACAGGCGUGUGGGAAGCAUGGAAGUUUGGGUCAGGACCUGGUGGCCAUGUGUGUGAACGACGUCCUGGCUCAGGGCGCCGAGCCGCUCUUCUUCCUGGACUACUUCUCCUGUGGCCACCUGGACGUGGACGCGGCCGCCGCCGUAGUGGGCGGCAUCGCCAAAGCGUGCGAGCUGGCCGGCUGCGCUCUGCUGGGCGGGGAGACGGCGGAAAUGCCGGGCGUGUACGCUGAGGGAGAGUAUGACCUGGCCGGGUUCUGCGUGGGCGCCGUGGAGCGUGGCGCUCUGCUGCCGCGGCUGCAGGAGAUCGCAGAGGGAGACCUGCUGAUCGGGGUGUCGUCCUCCGGGGUCCACAGCAACGGCUUCAGUCUGGUCCGCAAAGUUCUGGAGAGGGCCGACCUCGGCUACAGCUGCCCCGCCCCGUUUGGAGAACCGGGUCAGACCGUCGGAGAUGUUCUUCUGACCCCCACAAAGAUCUACAGCCGCCUCCUCCUCCCCGUCCUCCGCAGCGGCGCCGUCAAAGCCUACGCCCACAUCACUGGUGGGGGGCUGCUGGAGAACCUCCCCCGGGUUCUGCCUGAGAAGCUGGCGGCGGAUCUAGACGCCACCAGGUGGAGCAUCCCCGCCGUUUUCUCGUGGCUUUACAAAGAGGGGGGCCUGAGCGAGGAGGAGAUGGCCCGCACGUUUAACUGUGGCUUGGGGGCGGUGCUGGUUGUGGCGCCCCCGGAUGCUCAGCAGGUGCUGCGACAGCUCCAGGGGGAGGCGGCCUGGAUCGUGGGGUCUCUGAUUGACAGGCAGCCAGGUGAGACGGAGAACUUUGUGACUUCAGCCCACAGCUUCGCUUUUCCUAAAAGAUUCUGGGUUGCAGGUUCUCAACCUGUGCUGGUCCGCAACCUGAACCAAAGCCUGACGAAGGCGGGACCAGCAGAACAAAACGAUGGUUACCACGGCAACAGCAGCGCCCCGCCACAGAAGAAGACCAGAGUCGGCGUUCUCAUUUCCGGCACAGGAACCAACCUUCAGGCGCUCAUCGAACAGACCAGACGUGCGUCCAGCUCGGCGCAGAUCGUGGUCGUUAUUUCUAACAGACCAGGCGUCCAGGGACUGAAGAGGGCGGGGCUUGCUGGCAUCCAGACACGGGUGGUCGACCACAAACUGUUUGGCAGCCGUGCAGAGUUUGACGGGACCAUCGACCGCGUCCUGGAGGAGUUUGGCGUGGAGUUGGUGUGUCUGGCCGGAUUCAUGAGGAUCCUCACUGGAACCUUUGUGAAGAAGUGGACAGGUAAACUCCUGAACAUCCACCCGUCGCUGCUGCCGUCCUUCAAAGGAGUGAACGCUCAGAAACAGGCGCUGGAGGCUGGCGUCCGCGUGGCGGGAUGCACGGUGCACUUUGUGGCUGAGGAGGUGGACGCCGGCGCCAUCGUCGUCCAGGAGGCGGUCCCUGUCCUUCCUGGAGACACAGAGGAGACGCUGUCAGAGAGGAUCAGGGAGGCGGAGCAUAGAGCCUUUCCUGCUGCCAUGGAGCUGGUGUCCAGUGGUUCUGUGAAGUUAGGAGGAGAUGGACAAAUCCUCUGGAAAAGCUGAAGACCUGGACGGACGGUCCUUUAAUGUGAACCGUGUAGUUUACCUGAUAGACUUGACUGUAACAUUCCCAAUAAAGAUCCUGCUGAGGAUGA